AUGCAGUCCGAAAUAGAUUCAUUGAGACAGCGCAUUACCGAGCUUGAGGCUGAGAAAGCUGAACUCGAGGCUAAGAAUUCUGAGCUUCUAAAGCGGGUUAUAGAAGAGACCGCCAAAUACAAAGCUGAGAAUGUUGAGCUCAAGGCUAGAAUCGAGGAGCUAGAGAAAAAUAAGAUGGAAACUGCUGAGCUUAGAGAUAGAUUUACGAUAGUAGAGCAGAGACAGAUGCUAAAUGAGUCGGUCCCUCUGGGACUUCCAAAAGGAAAUAAUUCUUCUGAUAAAGAUUCAUCUAAUUUCAAUUUCUCAUCCACGAGCGUGAUUGAGGAGAAGUCGUCGGAGGAGAAAGAUAUAGAUAAAUUCUUGGAUGAUGCACAUAAGAAAAGAGAAAAAAUUCAGCGUGAGACGGGUAUCCAAGAUGUAGCGCCUGACCCUGCAUGUACUUCCUCGGAAUCACCUCGUGAAAUAGAAGAUCAUACUCAAAAUGCCAUUGCGAUAGAUUCGAAAAUAAAUCGGGGUCGCAGUUUACUACAGGUAAACACCUAUUAUCCCAGAUUGAUUCCGUUAAAGAUAAGACGGAAUCGUCUAUGAAACAAUCAUCACAAAACUUGGCUUCCUCAAGUAUAGUAACCGAAUUCGCACAAAGUUUGUUGGAAGAACUACUCUCGUCCGACAGUCAACUUCAGGAACCUAUAAAGUUUUCUCCUAAUUCCUGGAUCGAUAAGUAUUAAGAGACUUGCCGAUUUAUUCUGCCAAUCGGUUGUUACAAGAAAAAAAACUAUCAUAGCAAAGCGAACGGAGAUUUCAUCUUGGGGUCGCUUCUCCGAAAGGUUCGAAGAUAAGGUCGAGGAGCUCUUACUGGCAAUUCCGUCCGAUGGGUAUUUACGUGUAAUGACCUGUAAGGCAAGAAAAGUUAAUAAGUUAUUUGGAUAUG